AUGCAUGACGAAAGCACACACUUUCAAACACUGCUAUGCACGUUCAAAUACCAAGGAGAUUUCUUUCUCGUCUUCCCAUGGGCUGAAGGCAACCUUCACGAUCUGUGGGGCGCUAUUCCAAACCCGAAGCCUACCGACAUCCUACUGUCAUGGGCGUUAACGCAAAUGGGCAAUAUUGCUCAUGGUCUUGCCAAGGUGUCCUUACUAGCACCAGGCGAGGUUCACGGAGGACUGGGGCCAAACAGGAUUAUAUUCUUCCAGGAUCUCCAAGCACAGGACGUGUCGGAAGAAACUUCCCAAAUCAUAGCCACAAAUCUGGUAAUAGCAUACCCUGGCAAGAAAGAUGUGGACCAUGAAAACGCCAAUCAGAACGAGCUGUUAUGGUUGACCUACGAUGCUCCUGACUACCGACGAGGCCGUAUUAUGUCUUCAAAAGCGGACGUGUGGUCUCUUGGGUGUACGUAUCUUGAAUUUGUGUCAUGGCUUUCACUGGGCUUUGACGCAGUCAAGGAGUUCUCUGAGUGGCGAGGAUUAGAUGACGACUCUCCUGAGUUUGAGACUGAUCAUUUCUACACGACUGAUCUGCAGGAGAUUCGACCAUCCGUUUUCGAAUGGACGGAACGCCUCAAAAGCAAUCCAGAAUGCCCCAAACCUCUAAUCGCGGUCAUCGAUUUCGUCAUGACGGAGAUGCUAUUGUUGGAGCCUAGUAUUCGUAGCUCUGCUGAGAGAGUUUCCGACUGGUUCACAGAGCUCCACAGACAAACCUUUGAGAAUGUCUUGCAAGUUCAUCCAACCUCAGAACGGUCAUUUUUGACCACUUCCCGUGAACGUUACUUGAUUAAAAAGGUACUCGGUCAAUGGAACGGUGUUAUUCGGAUGAGACAGGAGGCUAGGAGACGAUAG